CGUUUGUGAAGAUUUAGUGUUCUUACAGAUCCCUUUUAUUUAGUUUUCUGAUUUCGUUGUGCGGUGGUUUCGUUUCUUAAAAAGGAGAGAAAGAAUUAUUAAAAACCAGGAUGUCGGCUUCUAUAGAAAUACCUCUUCGUGAUACGGAUGAGGUUAUAGAGGUGCAUCCCGACCAAUUGCCAGAAUGUGAGGAAGUUUUGAGCAUUUUGCGGCAAGAGCAUUCGCAGCUGAAUACCUGGGUCAAUGUGGCGCUUGCUUAUUACAAGCAAAACAAAACAGAUGACUUCGUUCGCCUACUCGAAACGGCUCGGAAUGAGGCCAAUACGGAGUAUCGGGAAAUGGAAAAAGACAAAAUGCGUUGCUAUGAUAUGCUGGCCGCGCACUAUGUUCAUGAGGCGAACCGGGAAAAAUCAAAGGACAAGAAGCGCGAACUGUUUAUGAAGGCCACCAAUCUGUACACAGCUGCUGAUAAAAUCAUUAUGUAUGACCAAAAUCACUUGUUGGGUAGAGCAUAUUUUUGCCUGCUGGAAGGCGACAAAAUGGAUCAAGCCGAUGCUCAGUUCAAUUUCGUCUUAAAUCAAUCGCCCUCGAAUAUUCCCUCGCUUUUAGGCAAGGCCUGCAUUGCCUUUAACAAAAAGGACUAUCGCGGUGCUUUAGCCUUCUACAAGAAAGCCCUGCGAACGAAUCCCAAUUGUCCGGCCAAUGUGCGCAUGGGUAUGGGUCAUUGCUUUCUUAAGAUGAACAAUCCUGAAAAGGCCAAAUUGGCGUUUCAACGUGCCCUUGAAUUGGACUCUAAUUGUGUGGGUGCCUUAAUUGGUCUAGCCAUACUUAAGCUGAAUUUGCAUGAGCCUGAAUCAAAUAAAAUGGGUGUGCAAAUGUUGUCGAAGGCUUAUACCAUUGAUUCGACAAGUCCUAUGGUUCUUAAUCAUCUGGCUAAUCACUUUUUCUUCAAGAAGGACUAUCAAAAAGUACAACAUUUAGCUUUGCAUGCCUUUCACAAUACCGAAAAUGAAGCAAUGCGAGCUGAAAGUUGCUACCAAUUGGCAAGAAGUUUUCACGCUCAAAAUGACUAUGAUCAAGCAUUUCAAUAUUAUUAUCAGUCAACACAAAUAGCUCCGGCAAACUUUGUGCUUCCACAUUAUGGUCUUGGUCAGAUGUACAUAUAUCGGGGAGAUACGGAGAAUGCCGCACAAUGUUUCGAAAAAGUUCUCAAGAUACAGCCGGGAAAUUAUGAAACCAUGAAAAUUUUAGGUUCCCUCUAUGCCACAUCCAGUUCGCAGACAAAACGUGACAUGGCCAAGGCACAUUUGAAAAAGGUCACCGAACAAUUCCCUGAUGAUGUAGAAGCUUGGAUUGAAUUGGCUCAAAUUUUGGAGCAAAACGAUUUACAAGCCUCAUUGGCAGCCUAUGGCACAGCAUCUUCAAUUUUAACAGAAAAAGUUAAGGUAGAAAUACCAGCUGAAAUUCUUAAUAAUGUAGCCGCCUUGCAAUAUCGCCUGGGUAAUCUUAAAGUUGCCAAGGAAAAACUGUUGGAUGCAUUGGAAAGAGCAAAAGCCGAGGCGCCCAAUGAUACACAAUAUUACGACUCCAUAUCGGUGACCAUGACAUACAACUUGGCUCGUUUGAACGAGGCAAUGAGCAGUUUUGAUGUGGCCGACAAACUAUACAAGGAUAUAUUAAAGAAACAUCCUAAUUACAUUGAUUGCUAUUUGCGCUUGGGUUGUAUGGCACGAGACAAGGGUCUCAUUUUUGUAGCAUCCGAUUUCUUUAAAGAUGCGUUGAAUAUAAAUAAUGACAAUCCAGAUGCCAGAUCACUUUUGGGAAAUUUGCAUUUGGCCAAAAUGCAGUUUGCUCUAGGCCAAAAGAAUUUCGAAACAAUUCUUAAAAAUCCUGCCACAUCACAAGAUGCUUAUUCGCUAAUUGCGCUAGGCAAUUUCUCAUUGCAAACAUUACACCAACCCACAAAAGACAAAGACAAGGAAAGGAAACAUCAAGAAAAAGCUUUGUCAAUUUACAAACAGGUUCUACGCAAUGAUCCGCGUAAUAUUUGGGCUACAAAUGGCAUAGGAGCUGUAUUGGCACACAAAGGUUGUGUAAUUGAGGCGAGAGAUAUAUUUGCUCAAGUUCGCGAAGCUACUGCAGAUUUCUGCGAUGUUUGGCUUAACAUUGCUCACAUAUAUGUGGAGCAGAAACAAUAUAUUAGCGCCAUUCAGAUGUACGAGAAUUGUAUGAAGAAGUUCUAUAAACACCAUAACGUAGAAGUGAUGCAAUAUUUGGCAAGAGCUUAUCUCCGAGCUAAUCGUUUGAAAGAGGCAAAAAUGGUGCUUCUAAAGGCCAGAAAAGUAGCACCACAGGACACCGUGUUGCUAUUUAAUAUUGCCGUUGUUUUGCAACGUUUGGCUAUGAAUAUUUUGAAAGAUGAAAAAUCCACUUUGGAAGUUGUACUGCAAUCUGUCCAUGAGUUAGAGUUGGCUCAAAAAUAUUUCCAAUAUCUUUCCGUGCAUGGAGACAAGACUCGUUUCAACAUUGAAGUUGCUGGUAUUGAAGCUAACCAGUGUCAGGACUUGUUGUCGCAAGCACAAUAUCAUGUGGCCCGUGCUCGACGCAUAGACGAAGAGGAGAAGGCAUUGAAGCGCAAACAAGAAGAAGAACGUAUGGCCUUCAAAAUGCGCCAAGAGGAAGAACGACGAAAACGCGAAGAGCUGGAGAAGGCUUCGCGCGAGCAAAUGUUGGCCAAACGUCAAGAGUAUGUGGAGAAGACCAAGAAUUUGAUGCUGACAUUAGAUGUGGCACCAGAAAAGGAACGCAAAAAAGGUGGUGGAAGGUCCCGCAAGGAUGACAUCGUUACUGAUUCUGACGGCAGUGAGGGCGGUGGUGCUGCACGUAUGGAUGAUGGUGGUGGCGAACGCAAAAAGAAAUCUAAAGGAGCUCCACGUAAGAAGAAAGAAAGUGCACCACGCAAACGUAAAGCUAAGGAUGCAUACAAUAGCGAUAGUGAUGGUGAGGGUGGCGCCAAGGAAAAGAAACAAAAGAAGAAACAAAAACUUAGCAAGAAGGCUGCCUUGGAGGAGAAAAUAUCGGCUAAACAACGAAUGAAAAUUGUUUCGAAAGCGACCAUUUCAACGAGUGAAUCUGAUAGUGACAGCAAUGCUGGGCCCCGAAAGAGGAAAGCCGACAUUGUUAGCGGCAGUGACUCGGACGCCAGUGCUGGCAGUGUCAAACGUGCUCGUAAACGUAUUGCUUCUGGAAGUGAAUCGGAUCGGUCACGAUCAAGAUCUAGAUCAGGUUCCCGUUCGGUGUCACGUUCUCGAUCGCGUUCGGUUUCCAGAUCGCGAUCACGCUCACGUUCUAAAUCGGGAAGUCGCUCACGUUCUCGCAGCCGCAGUGGUUCUCGUUCUAAGUCAGGUAGCCGCUCUCGUUCGCCAAGCCGUUCCCGCUCACGUUCGGGAUCAAGAUCCGGUGGUUCGGGAUCUGGAUCCGCUUCUGAGUAAUAACUAUGAAAAUAGAUAUUUACUUGAUAAUAAACUUAUACACAUAGGUAUAUUUAUAUAAAGACCUCUCAUGAAAGAACUAUGUAUAGACACAUUUAAUAAAUGUAAACAGAUGUACCAUUCACAGUCACGUAUAAAUAA